CGACAAGGAAAACGUCUAUAAAGAUUAAGGCAUGUGUAUCAUGAUUUAGAACUCGCGUCAAUCAAUAAACAACAUCAGCAUUAUCAGUAGUUUCAUCUCUUUUGCGUUUCAAUCUAAGCAUUCAUAGAGUGCUUAUCAAGUUUCACAUAGCAAACUUAAAAGCAUUCUCUUAAAUCUUCAACACCAUGUCUGCUCGUUCCAACAACACUGUGGUCAUCAUCGGCUCCGGCCCGGGUAUUGGUUCCCACACCGCCUCCAUUUUCGCUUCCAAGCGAUUUAACAAAGUUGCUCUUGUGGCUAGAAAUCCUGCCCAAUUAGAAAAGGACGCAGCUUUUGUGAGCAGCGCCGCCCCAGGACAGGUUCAAGUCAAAACCUAUCCUACCGACAUCAUCGAUAGCAAGAAGUUGGCCACUACUCUUGCACAAAUCAAGAAUGAUUUGGGAACUCCCGAGUUUAUCUUAUUCAACGCUGCUAUUAUAGCUCUAACUCCGCUAUUGGAGUUCAACGACGAGGGCAUUGUGCAAGAUUUCCAAAUCUCCACUAUUGCUCUGUACAACACUGCCAAGUGGGCUAUCCCAGAACUUUCUGCCGUGGCUAAGCAAGAUCCCACGGCUAAGCCGACACUUAUGGUGACGAACUCUCACCUUCCUGAGACUCCGAUUGCCGACCUAUUCUCUCUCUCUCUUACCAAGGCUUCUCAGAAGAACUUGACCCUCUCCCUUCGCGAAAAAUUUGCCUCUCAGGGUAUUCACAUCUGUUUACUUGCUGUCGCUGGAACAGUUGGUGAUGAAAACCCCAACCUCAACAACAAAAACGUUGCUAGCAAGGCCUGGGAUUUGUACAACCAGGAAAAGAGUGCCUGGACUGAGGAGAUUAGAAUUAACCCAUAAGCAAGCUGCAAUUGGUUAAUAGCAAAAUAGUAGACAAAUAGUUAUCUAUAGAAAUUUUCAAAA